CAAGAAUCCAGGCGACGAUUCAGGCGCCGCGGCUCGACCCUCCUCAAGAUGAAGAUCACGAUCUUGCUCCCCUACUUCAUUGCAGUUCGCGCCUUUGCGCCCGCGCCGGACACGACGCCGACGGCAACCUUCUGCAACGACGGGAUUGACAUGCCGCGAUUCUCGGCCAACGCAGUUGUGACCAUUUACUGGCUGCAGGCUCCGCUCUUCUCGAUUCUCCCCCCCCCCCCCUUCCCCCUUCCCUCUGUCGGGGACAUUACCGAUCGCAUGCACCUCUACCACACUGCUGUCGCAUUCGAGGUUGUUGAUCAAGGCGUAGCCCGGAACUACACCAUGGAAUUCGACUCCACCACAUCUCUCGUCGGAGGCAUCGUCCCACAUCUCUCCGGACAAACACCAUGGAAUGCUCGCUACUGCCUGAGGCCUCCGGACUGCCCGAACUGCACCGGGGGGCUGUUUUGGGGCCCCAAGCACUGGACCAAGGCGCUCAAGCCGGUGCUGAAGGUGCGCGGGGAGCACCUCAAUCGUCUGGCCUCCGAUUUCAUGCCCCUGUACAACCACUCCGCACUGUACCAGCCGUUCCGGGUGACGGGCAAGGAGGCCGGCGCCCCCGACCGCAUAGAGGACGUGACGUGCAACACGGGCGCACAAAAUUUGCUGGAGUAUCUCAGCCGCAUCAGCGACAGCGGGUCGUUCCCACUGAUGAACACCUCGCGCUUCACACUGCACGCAGCCACCGUCACCAAGGUGAACGCCUCGGACCCAGAGCUGCUGAGCUUCUACCAGGAGCUAGGCGAUGUCAUUCACCUGAAGCGCCUUUACGAGUUUGUUGCCUUGGCGCGUGGGCACAAGUUUGUGUACUCGCAGGGAGUGUACUGGCAACUGAGCGACUUCUUCCACCCGUACGUGAGCAUCGACUAUGUGGCUGCCCCCGACCCCUUCCCCCCGCCACACGCCUUCGAGGAGACAGAGUAACAUUGCCGAGGCCUUCUCCGCCUUCGAGGUGACAGUGUAACAUUGCCGAGGCCUUCUCCGCCUUCGAGGUGACAGUCAUGUCCGAUAGCUCGAGACGUAGGAUGCAAUAGUGCAACGCGAGCACAACCAAGCAAGGAUGGCGCGCAUGUAACAUGCAGAUCGAUCACCCGACCAUCCCUGCAUGCGCGGGACGGCAUUGGGCCAAUCCUUGAGUGAGCGCUGAACACUGACUGUGCGUGAGGGUGGGUGGGUACUCGGCCGCUCCAAGGACUAUCUUAGGAUUGUCAGUCUAGUCUAGCGUGCGUGCAGCGGUGGCUCGGAGCGUUGGCGCUCUCGAGCCACGGCCUGUGGCCGGCUCUAUUCCGGUACGGGGCCCGCAGCGCUGUCAGCCUACGUCUCUGGACUGCCCUCUGCCGUCGCCGUCGCCAUAGUGGCGACAUCUUUUUUGCAUAGUUCACAAUGUUGACCUU